GAGGUGUCUGCCUCUCACGCCAUUGCAAGAAAGCCAAUUCGAUCGGUAAAUGAGAGGAAGAUAAAAAUGAAAUUUGGUGGAAACAAGCGGCGAGAAAAAAAAGCUUGAUUGAUGAUGUGUCCUCUGUGUGCACUGCUUCCCAUCUGUCACGUUUAUCCUCUCUCUCUCCAAGCCCGUCCAAUAAAGCUCGCAUCUCGGAAGCCCGACCUGUCUUUUCAAUCUGCACUCUCCGCUCAUCAUAUAUAAUCACCUCUGAUCUCUCUCUCUCUCUCUCUCUCUCUCUCUCAACGGAAUUAUCCUCCGUCGCAGGGAAAUCCCCUCCCUCCCUCAAAUAACAAGAGGAUUCUACAGUCCCAUAAUAAAAACCCCCGAGCUCUCUCUCUCUCCCUAUAGAGGGCUGCACUACCGCUACCGGCGUCUCCACGACCAGUAGCACGACCAAGGACUAGUGGCAUCAUCACCCCAAAAAACCAACACCACCACCAUCAACAACCAACCACCGGAUGGUGGUGUGGGUAUCGCCGGUGAUGGGCGUCGGAUUAUGAAGGAGAGGCAGCGGUGGCAGCCCGAGGAAGACGCCCUCCUGCGCGCCUACGUGAAGCAGUACGGCCCAAAGGAAUGGCACCUCGUCUCCGACCGGAUGGGCCGCCGCCUAGAUCGGGACGCCAAGUCCUGCCUGGAGCGGUGGAAAAACUACUUGAAGCCAGGGAUUAAGAAGGGCUCCCUCACCCCUGAGGAGCAAUCCCUCGUCAUCUCUCUCCAGGCGAAGUACGGCAACAAGUGGAAGAAGAUCGCAGCCGAGAUCCCCGGCCGCACCGCCAAGCGCCUCGGAAAGUGGUGGGAAGUCUUCAAGGAGAAGCAGCUCAAGGAACAGCAACGCCGCUCCCGCCACGCCUCUGCGGACUUCUCCUCCGCCGACUCCGGACUCUCCGUCGCCGACUCCUCCGGCCGCUACGACCACAUCCUGGAGACAUUCGCCGAGAAGUACGUCCGUAAGGCCGCCCACAUGGCUGCCACGGAUCCGAGGCUUACCCUGGGUGCAGGGAUCGAACCGGUUCCACAGCCCCCGGCCCCGGUUCUGCCUCCCUGGAUGGCCAAUCCACCGGCUCCCCUAGCGCCACCCACUUCGCCCUCAGUCUCUCUAUCUCUCUCCCCUUCGUCUGCAGUUGAGCCACCCACCGGCGUCACAGGCGGUACUGCUGCUUCUGCCGCUAGUGCAGUUCACUCCUCUGCCGAGAUGCUGCUCUCCAGAGGGUGGGUGCACGGCAACAAGGAGGUGAACGGCAUAACCACGUUAGUGGUGCAGCACCAGCUGCCAGCCUUCAUGCAAUACUGUAAGGAUCUGGAGGAAGGGAGGCAGGCCUGGUUCCAGCACAAGAAGGAGGCGACGUGGAGGCUGAGCAGGCUAGAGCAGCAGCUCGAGUCGGAGAAGGCUAGGAAGAGGAGGGAGAAGAUGGAGGAGGUAGAGGGGAAGAUUAGGGUGCUGAGGGAGGAGGAGAUGGCGUAUCUGGAUAAGCUGGAGAGCGAGUGCAGGGAGCAGCUGAGCGGCAUACAGAGGGACGCAGAGAUGAAGGAGGCGAAACUGAUGGAACAGUGGGUAGCCAAGCACGUGAAGGUGACCAAGAUGCUGGAGCAGAUGGGUGGUAGUGCUGCUUCUGCCGGGUACCAUCACUUCCCCUGUGGGGCUGCUGCUCCUGGUCCGAAGGACUUGCAUUAGUCAUGUUGCCUGGUACUUCUGUGAAUCGAUGUGUGCAAAAAAGGGACUAAAUGCAGUAGGCGUUUUAAUGUUUCUCUUUGUUCUUUGAGUUCAUUUUCGCUUUUCAACAUAUAGUCUUCAUCAACA